GAAUUGAGAAGAAAACCCAGGCAUUGAUUGCAUCGAUUCUGCCCCGAAAAAAAAUUGAGAUUCCCCCAUGGCUAAAAGCUCGUUCAAGCUCGAACAUCCGCUAGAAAGGAGACAAGCUGAAGCUGCUCGCAUUAGGGAGAAAUAUCCGGAUAGAAUUCCCGUGAUUGUGGAGAAAGCUGAAAGGAGUGACAUUCCUGACAUAGAUAAGAAGAAGUACCUUGUCCCUGCUGAUCUGACUGUUGGGCAGUUUGUUUAUGUUGUCCGGAAAAGGAUUAAGCUUAGUUCCGAGAAGGCUAUUUUCAUCUUUAUAAAAAACACACUACCUCCAACUGCUGCUUUGAUGUCAUCAAUCUAUGAAGAAAACAAGGAUGAAGAUGGUUUUCUAUACAUGACUUACAGUGGAGAGAACACGUUUGGAUUCUGAUUACUUCAAAUCAAAAUUCAUCUGUAAAUAGAACUAAAAAAGCUGUAAAUACUCCUUGCUUUCCCACUCAAGUCAGUUCUCUCAGCAACUGGUCUAUUUCUGGAUUACCUUAGGCCUUUUCUUUCCUUUUGCUGUUAAUGUUAGUGUCAUUAAGGAUUUCAUCAAGUGUUGGGUUGUGAAUUUGAUGGUGUUUCUCUCCCGCCCAAACCGAAAAGAAAUGUGGGUGUUUGUUUGGUGAGAAUCCAUGAUUUUCCGCUUCCAAAUUCCAAUAUCUCUAUUCCAUGGUCACAUCAGAUAUUUCU